UUUACGUUUCACAGGAUUGAAGCCAGCUGUACAGCAACAUGCUCGACCGGUUCAUCGACCUGUGCUACGAAGCCGAUCUCGACACGUCCGAGCACCCGGAACUGCUGGAGCUGGCGCGUGAGCUGGUCGACGAGGACCCUGACUCCAGGCCCGCGGCCAUUCAGGAGCUCCGGAACAUGAUAUACGAGCGUGGUGAGUGCUCGCCGCGGCGCAUGGACGACGCGUUCCUACUCAAGUUCCUGCGCACUCGCCGUUUCGUCGUGCGCCGCGCGCACAGACACUUGGUGCGGUACUGCAACUUCCUGGAGCAAUACCCUUACUUGUACCGAGACGUGGACUUGUGGUCGCUGGCGAAGGUGAAGUGCGCCUACGAGGCCGCUAUGCUCGACCCGCCCGGCGUUGGCCGCCUGCUCAUCGCCCGCUUCGGUACAUGGGACCCCGACGACUUCCCCGUGGAGGACCUAGUGCGCGCCGCGCUGGCCUUCAUGGAGAGCGGUCUGCGCUCGCCGCGCACACAGGUGCUGGGCGGCACCGCCAUCUUCGACCUCGAGGGCAUCACCAUGAAGCACAUCGCCACGCUCACGCCCACCGUGGCCUACCAGAUCGUCUGUCUGACCGGGUACGCGCUCCCCGGCAUCAUGCACGGCUGCCACAUCAUCAACUACAACUGGCUGCUGAACACGUUCUUCUUCCUCUUCAAGCGCUUCAUCAGCAGGAAGGCCUGGGCCAACAUCCACUUCCACGGCAGCGACCUGGAGUCGCUGCAGCGGCACGUCCCGCGCGAGUGCCUGCCGCCGCGCUACGGCGGCACCUGCCGGCUGCACACCGACUUCGAGACGGCCUUAAACAAGAUCAAGCAGUACAGAGACGAGGCGUUUGAUCGCGAGAUGAAGGAGUUUGGGUGGUUGAUGAAGGAGUGAUGUGUAGGGGACCUUAUUAGUCUUGUUUUGGU